UUGCUAUAAAGAUCAUUGACAAGACACAGCUGGAUGAAGAGAACCUCAAGAAGAUUUUUAGAGAAGUUCAGAUUAUGAAGAUGCUCUGCCACCCGCAUAUCAUCCGAUUAUAUCAGGUUAUGGAGACGGAGAGGAUGAUUUAUCUGGUGACAGAGUAUGCUAGCGGAGGGGAAAUAUUUGAUCACCUGGUAGCCCAUGGACGGAUGGCUGAGAAAGAAGCUCGGAGAAAGUUCAAGCAGAUUGUAGCUGCUGUCCACUUUUGUCACUGUUGUAACAUAGUUCACAGAGACUUGAAGGCAGAGAAUCUGCUGCUGGAUGCUAACCUUAACAUCAAAAUAGCAGAUUUUGGGUUCAGUAACAUCUUCACACCUGGCCAGCUGCUUAAAACCUGGUGUGGGAGUCCCCCCUACGCGGCCCCCGAGCUCUUUGAAGGGAAGGAAUAUGAUGGGCCGAAGGUUGACAUUUGGAGUCUUGGUGUGGUCCUGUAUGUGCUGGUCUGUGGUGCUCUGCCCUUCGAUGGGAGUACCCUGCAGAAUCUGCGGGCAAGGGUGCUUAGUGGGAAAUUUCGCAUUCCAUUUUUUAUGUCCACAGAAUGUGAGCACUUGAUCCGCCACAUGCUGGUGCUGGACCCAAGUAAGCGACUGUCAAUGGAACAGAUCUGCAAACACAAGUGGAUGAAGCUUGGGGAAGCUGAUGCAGAGUUUGACAGGUUAAUAGCAGAAUGUCAGCACCUGAAGAUUGAAAGGCAGAUGGAACCACUGAAUGAAGACGUGCUCUUAGCAAUGGUGGAGAUGGGGCUGGACAAAGAGCGCACGCUACAGUCACUAAGGACAGAUGCCUAUGAUCACUACAGUGCAAUCUAUAGCCUGCUGUGCGACCGAUUAAAGAGACACAAGAAUCUGCGCAUUACAGCACCUCCCAGUGUGCCACGGACCAUGGCCUUCCCCACACCAGCUAACAUCCAGGCGGAACAGGCAGGCAACCCCGUGAGUAUCAAUGUGCCACAAGUCCAGCUCAUCAACCCUGAGAACCAGAUCAUAGAGACUGAUGGAACAAUGAACUUGGACAGUGACGAAGGGGAAGAGCCAUCCCCUGAAGCCCUGGUCCGCUAUCUCUCAAUGAGAAGGCACACUGUUGGAGUUGCAGACCCACGCACGGAAGUGAUGGAAGAUCUCCAGAAGCUCCUGCCAGGCUUCCCUCGUGUCACUCCCCAGGCACCGUUCCUGCAGGUGACUCCAAACAUGAACUUCAUGCACAAUAUGCUGCCUAUGCAGAACCUGCAGCCGACUGGCCAGCUGGAGUACAAGGAGCAGUCCUUACUGCAGCCCCCCACUCUGCAGUUGUUGAAUGGAAUGGGCCCUCUGGGGCGGCGGGCUUCAGACGGUGGAGCCAACAUCCAGCUGCACGCACAACAACUGCUGAAGCGUCCUCGAGGCCCUUCCCCACUCGUCACUAUGACGCCAGCCGUGCCAGCAGUUACCCCUGUGGAUGAGGAGAGCUCCGAUGGGGAGCCGGAUCAGGAAGCUGUGCAGAGAUACUUGGCAAAUAGGUCAAAAAGGCACACUCUGGCAAUGACCAACCCUACAGCUGAAAUCCCUCCAGACUUGCAGAGGCAGCUAGGACAGCAGUCUUUUCGAUCCCGGGCUUGGGCUCCACACCUGGUACCCGAUCAGCACCGCUCUGUUUACAAGGACUCAAACACCCUGCACCUCCCCACUGAGCGCUUCUCCCCGGUUCGCCGCUUUUCUGACGGUGCUGCCAGCAUCCAGGCGUUCAAAGCCCACCUGGAGAAAAUGGGCAAUAACAGCAGCAUCAAACAGCUUCAGCAGGAGUGUGAGCAACUACAGAAGAUGUACGGUGGGCAUAUGGACGAGAGAACCCUGGAGAAGACACAGCAGCAGCACAUGUUGUACCAGCAGGAGCAGCAUCAUCAAAUUCUCCAUCAGCAGAUUCAGGAUUGUAUUCGCCCACCUCAGCCAUCUCCACCCUUGCAAGCUCCUUGUGAAAACCAGCCAGCUUUGCUCACCCACCAGCUGCAGAGGUUACGGAUUCAGCCAUCUAGUCCACCCCCAAACCACCCUAAUAAUCAUCUCUUCAGGCAGCCAAAUAGCAGCCCCCCUCCUGUGAAUAGCAGCAUGCUACAGACUCAUGGUGCGGCCUCUCAGUCCCAGUUCCAAGGGAUGCCUUCCCACAGUGCGAUCUUCCAGCAGUCUGGUAACUGUUCCCCUCCCCCGAACGUGGCACUGACAUGCAUGGGCAUGGCGCAGCAACCGCAGCCGGUCACCAUCCAAGUGCAAGAGCCCGGAGAUAUGCUCAGCAACAACCUUCUGCAAGGGGCAGCUGUGGCAGGGCAGGGCAUGUCCCCUCACCCACGAGGCAUGUCUAUCAACCCGAGUGCCAAUCAGAUCCAAAUGCAGCACCGAGCUAACCUGAUGGCCUCUCUCACGUACGGUCACAGGCCACUGUCCAAGCAGCUCAGUGCUGAUAGUGCAGAGUCGCACAGCUUGAACAUGAACAGGUAUCCCCCUGCUAACUAUGACCAGGUGCACUUACAUCCCCACCUGUUCUCCGAUCAGGCCCGGGCAUCCCCCAGCAACUACAGCCCAUCAGUAGGGGUGGGAUUCCCCACAACGCAGCAAGCCCUGAAGGUCCCUCAACUUGACCAGUUCCCUAGCUUCCCUCAAAGCGCACAUCAGCAGCAGCCGCAGCACUACACGGCAUCGGCACUACAGCAGGCACUGCUGUCCCCAACUCCGCCAGAUUACAGCCGACACCAGCAGGUACCGCAUAUCCUCCAGGGACUGCUUUCCCCCCGGCACUCGCUUACGGGGCACACGGACAUGCGACUGCCCCCCGCAGAAUUUGCACAGCUCAUCAAGCGGCGGCAGCAGCAGCAGCAACAGCAGCAGCAAGAAUUUCAAGAGUUGUUCAGGCAUAUGAGCCAAGGAGAUGCUGGGAAUAUGAGCACCAGCAUGGGACAGAACCUCUCCGAGCGCCAGUCGUUGUCUGUGCCUUAUCAGAAUGCUGACACGUACCAUCACAACAGCCCCCAACAUCUCUUAAAAAUCAGGGCACAAGAAUGUAUCCAGCAGGUAUCUGCAGCAGUGGCACCACAUGGGUAUGUACACCAGCCAGCUCUGAUCCAUUCGGAGAGCAUGGAGGAGGACUGUGCAUGUGAGGGUGCCAGGGACAGCUUUCCGGACACUAAGAGUUCAAAUACAUUGACCAAAGGUGGCCAUGAGAACCCACUGCUUUUAAAUGCAGGAGGGCAUGGGGACCCAGAAUCGCUGCUAGGAACUGUUAAUCAGGGGCAGGAAUUGGGGACGCAUCAUUACAGACAUCAGCCAGCUACCGGAUUCAGUAGGAAUAAGGUGCCCAGCAGAGAAUCCAUUGUAGGGAACUGUAUGGACAGAAGUUCUCCAGGACAAGCUAUGGAGAUGCCCAAUCAUAAUGGAUUGGGUUAUUCUGCAAGACCAGCUUCCAUUGAACACCACAGACCCAGGACUUUGCAGAGACAUCACACCAUACAGAACAGCGAUGAUGCCUAUGUCCAGUUGGAUAACUUGCCUGGAAUGAGUUUAAUGGCUGGAAAAGCACUAAGCUCUGCUCGGAUGUCUGAUGCAGUACUCAGCCAGUCAUCGCUCAUGGCCAGCCAGCAGCUACAUGCCAGGGAGAGCGAGGACUGUGGGGAAAGUUUGGAAGGUCAAGAGCACCCAAAUCUAGCUGAUGUCAGCCAGCAUUUAAACACCUCUUGUUAUCCAUCUACGUGUAUUACAGACGUCCUCCUGAGCUACAAGCACCCGGAGGUGCCCUUUGGGAUGGAGCAGACUGGGGUGUAGCAGGAGGAGGGAGUGAGUAUUUUUCUGUUGUUUCUGUAAGUUCAGAUCUUCCCUUUUCUGCCUCUAGGGUAGAUCUCCAGUACUAGCAGCCCAGGGGCUAGAUAUCCCUAGACAACUUCUUUCCCCCCUUCCUUCCCCCCCCAGCUGUGGGUCUGAGAAUGAAGUUUAAGAUAGAGGAUGUCAUUGCCGAGCUGCCAGAGGUCAGUCGUUUGCACUGCUGACAGUGCCGCCCUCAUAGACUUGCUGUUGGUGACCUUCAGUGGCCACUCGGCACUUCUGCUUUGUGUAGUCUCUGGGUGGGAGCGCCGGGAUUGGUGAGGGAAGGCCUCGGUCAUUUGUGCAAGAACAAGCGCAUGCAGCAAUAUCUCCCGUCUGUCCUGGGAUGUGUGGGGAGAGUGGGCUCCGCACUGGGGUUGCCAGGAGGCAGCUCUGAACAGCUGGACAGUGACUCAGGCCUGUCUGUUCAGCUCGUCCCCUUUCUGUGGAGGGGCAGCUUUCAGGAGCCGCCGCUGCUGCUGUUGGUGGAAGGACACGGCACCUCUAGAUGGUAGUGUGUCGGUCUGCCAUGAUCCUGUUAGCUGCAUGGAGCUGUGGGCACACCUCCAUGGGGCGCGCAGCCCCUCCUUGUGCACGUUUCCCUUUUCUUUCAAGCCCCUUGUGGCAUUGGCAGCAUGAGCGCUCGAGGCAUGUAGCUGGCCGUGUCAGGCUGGAGCAAGGGGCGGGCAGAGGGAUGUUCAAGGAGAAAUGUCUGUCUCUUGUCCUGGCCUUUAACACCCCUCCAUCUCCUCUCUCUCUUCCAGGUUUUGUGUACAGCUUUGAAAUGAAAAGGUCCAUUUUAAACCAACAGUAUCUAGCAGCAUUGCGCCAAAUCGCCAUAGUAUUUCUCACUGAAAUAUCAUGGCUCCUUUCCUCAUAAUCAGUUCCUCAGUGUGUCGUUCCUUUGGUUUCUUUCGUUUCUGCCAUAUUUGCCUGUAACUUCAGCUAUCAUAGAGCUAACCAGAGAACCUGAGUCCUACACCCUGUGUGAAAGGAUUGAUGGAACUUGAGUUUUGCAUUUGGUUUGGAGGGGGUUUUAAAUGCGAAGGGCCAGGCAAUCACGGAUGGUGCAGACUCAGGCGUUCUCCCCUUCAUCCAACCCCGCUCUUAAGGCCUGUCCAACAUCCUCUUUUUCUGGGGACAAGUAGGAGAGCAUGGGACAAAUGCCUUCCUGGAGCCUGCCUGAAUAGGGGACGCAAGGGGCAGGGAGGGAAUUUGAAGCUCUGUCCUUUGGCAAGCAAUAAGCAGAGCUCCUGAAAACCAAGUCCAAAACCAGAGUCAUUUUGCCAGGGUUCCAGCGCACACCACACCCCACAAGCCCAGCUCCAAGGGCAGAAGAAGGCCACGCUGUAGUUUUACUUCCAUAUCCUUUGCAUCUGAACUGAUAGUAGGGCCCAGAGCUACUCUGGGGCAAGAGCAACUCAGUCUCCCUUACCACAAUGCUAGCCUGUCCAACCCACCCCCGUCCGAUUACGUCCCCCACCCCACUGGUUCUUCCAACACCCAGCAGUGGUGCAAUACGCUUUGUCUCUCUCAUCUUUGUCUGCUUUUCUUUCCCUUUUUUUUUUUUUUUUUUUUUUU